GCUGUUGAUCGCCCCGCCGAAUACUGACUGUUAUUCGGCACGCGCUUCACUCAACCGCGGAACACACUCUACGCGUGAUUUUGGAAACAUAAUAAACUUUCAGGCUGUAGGAAUAGUAUCAUCGUAUCGAGUUCCGAACGAUCAUCUACAACGAACCCUUCUAGCAGCAUGUGAACCUGCGGUUGAGUCUCCAACCUCAUUAACGCCCAACGACCACCUACGGUUUCGCGUCGCUGGUUUGGUCGUGACCGCCAAUGCGCCAUGUCGGCAUUCACGCCUGAAGAGUUGGAGUACAUGAAAGCGCAUAUCAACGACUCGAGGGUUCAAGAAAUACACUGGGUUUAUUCGAUUCCGAUAGUUGCUGCGACUCUCAGUACCUCCUUGCGACUAUGGGCCAAACAGGCGGGGAGAAAUGGCAUCACCCUUGAUGAUUAUCUCAUUGUUUUCGCAACGAUAUGCCUGAUUGGACAGUGUGCUAGCGGUCUAGGUUUCGGUCCACCGCACGGCAUGGGCAGACAUGUUAUUGCCGUCAGUCCUGGAGAUCAAGCAAUGGUUCGCAAGGGCGACUAUGUAUUCAGUCACUUCUACGAUAUUGCACUCGUUUCGGUCAAACUCGGUAUACUCGCCUUCUACUAUCGCGUCUUCGCCAUUCCUGUCUUUAGAAAGGUUGUCCUUGCGACCGCGGCCUUUGUAAUUGCAUGGGGAAUCGGUAUCACGGUCACUUUACUUCUUGUCUGCCGACCGCUUCGAGCAUACUGGGAUGCUAGUGUUGCGGGCACAUGCCUCCAUCUCGUAACAUUUACAUACUUCACGAACAUAUCAAACCUUAUAACAGAUAUCUGGAUCUUCCUUAUGCCGGUUCCUGUCAUUUGGCACCUUCAAUUACAGACCAAGAAGAAACUUCUUCUGUCUUUCAUCUUCUCUGUCGGUAUAGCCACCUGCGUUGUCUCCGCACUCCGCUUGAGAGUCGUCUUGGGUCACGGCUACGCCGACUUCACAUGGUCCUACGUACCCCUCGGCGCAUUCUCCGCAUUCGAGCCCCUGGGCGGCAUUCUCUGCACGAACCUACCCAUCAUCUGGCACAUGUGGCGCAAACGCGGGCGCCCACUGCUACCUACGUCUUCUAUGUUCAAGUCAAAGUCAGAGCCUUCGUCGACCGCCACACCCGGGUCCGGCGGCUCCUCUCGACGCACCCGCUUCGUCCGCUCCCUCGGACUGAGCACGCACGAUCAGACUGCCACCGACAGCCAGUCGCGUACGAUACUCGGGAGCGAAGACGACGCCGAUCACGAGUGGGGCGGUUUUCAACAUGCCACGACGACCGAUAAGGUGAAUAGCGGUGUCGUAGUUGCACAGCCACGGCCCACGCAAUAUUUCAGCAAGGUGGAGAAGACCACUUCGAUGACGACGAAUGGAACGGAAGAGGGAGAAAGUAGCUUAAUGAGCAGUCCCACCAGCGGCGCAAGAGAGGAACAGAAUGUCGACGUCGUUGAAGGAGAGGGAGGACAGAAAAGGAAUAGCUGGGCUGGAAGUUCUCGAAAGACGCCCCAGCAGAAGGGAAUGAGGAAGAACAUAUGGGAGGUGCGGAAGAAGUAAACAGCCAUAAUCCGUCCAUCACGAGGGAUAGUUAUGUUGUUGAUUCAUUCCUCCAGG